GCGACCGUUAUUUGUACUAUUUUAUCUCGCGCCAGUGUACGAUCAAAGCGACGGGCGGUGUGCGAUCAGCUGACGGUGAUUUAACAGAAUGAAUGAAAUUUAAAGCCUGUUGCAUUCUGCAAUCAAGAGUGUUGGGGGUCUGGAGUCACGGGGCAGUUGGUGUGAAAUGGAGUUCCUUCAUUUAUCACUUCUCAUCUGGCUUUGAAUCUGCUCAUUCACGACUCUUGAGUGAAGUGGCGCGGCGAGAGGGAGGAGUUAACCAGCGUCUGACACAGUUUUGCGGCAGAUAUGAGUGGAAUCCUGAAGAGAAAGUUUGAGGAGGUGGAGGGGGCAUCGCCCUGCUCGUCGCUGAGGGAGUCUGAGGAAGAGGAGAUAUCGAGCACUGAGAGUGGAGACAGCAGUGACAGCGUCAACCCGUCGGCCUCACACUUCAGCCAUUCUUCAUCAGCAGCAUCCUCAUCACACACACUGCAGCGCACUGCAUCCUCCAUCCUGAAGCGCGAGAAGCGGAUGAGGACGAGGCGUGUGCACUUUGAGAAGGUGACGGUGUAUUACUUCAGCCGCAGACAGGGCUUUACCAGUGUGCCCAGUCAGGGUGGCAGUACUCUGGGCAUGUCCAGCAGACACAGCUGCAUCAGACAGUUCACACUGGGCGAGUUCGCCAUGGAGCAGGAGAGGAUCCACAGGGACAUGCUCCGAGACCACCUUAAAGAGGAGAAACUCAACUCUAUACGAGUCCGGUUGACGAAGAACGGUUCUGUAGAGUCGGAGGAGGCGAAUGCACUGACGCUGGACGAUAUCUCUGAUGAUGACCUGGACAUUGACAACACUGAGGUGGACGAAUACUUCUUCCUGCAGCCUCUGACCACCAAGAAGCGUCGCGCUCUACUGCGCUCAUCUGGUGUUAAGAAGAUCGAUGUGGAGGAGAAACACGAGCUGCGAGCCAUCAGGGUGUCCAGAGAGGACUGUGGCUGCGACUGCCGACUCUUCUGCGACCCCGAGACCUGCACAUGCAGUCUCAACGGCAUCAAGUGUCAGGUGGACCGAAUGUCAUUCCCAUGCGGUUGCACAAAAGAGGGCUGCAGCAACGCAGCUGGUCGGAUAGAGUUUAACCCCAUCCGGGUCCGGACACAUUUCCUGCACACCAUCAUGAAGCUUGAACUUGAAAAGAGCCGAGAACAGCAGCAGAAUUCCGGCACUGCGGUCACUGCAACUGGCAACGGUUUCCACAGUGACCCGAAUGGUCACUGCAGCCCACUGGCGAUGGGCCAGCAUGCACUGGAAUACGCAAUCCCCAAUUCCGUUCCAUCGAGCACUGUCAUGCACCUGCAGGCUGGCGAUGACAUGGAUGAGGCCUUGGAUGAGGAAGAGGAGGAAGAAGAGGAUGACGAGGAUGAGGAGGAGGAGGACGAUGAUGAUGAAGAUGAUGAAGACGAGGAUGAGAGCAGCAGUCUAUGUAGUCUGUCCGACUCAAGCACGCAGAGUUUGGCAAACAGCGACUCUGAGGAGGAGGAAGAUGAUGAAGAUGAAGUCAACACGGAUGAAUUCGAUGCUCAACUGCCGACUAUGCCAACGCCAUGUAAUGAGGUGGCUACACCCUCUGUGAUGUGUUACCCAGAGAAUACGGUCUCAUCGGACAACCAAACUAAUGGCAAUUCCUACUACAUUAGCUCCACGGCGGAGUACUAUCAGUUGGAAAAUGCUGCACCACUUUUAACCACCACCAACCACGCUAGUGACACCUACAUAGGGGACUCAGUUUCCUAUCAAGACAGGGUUAAUGACUCAAGUAGGGUCAUAUCUCAGGGUCCCUUUAAUGUGACCACUGACCAGUACACGGACUACUCCCAACACCCCGAACAGCCAUACACCAAUCACCACUUCACCCUCGCCAAUGGAUCGACGGCUGUGAUUGGCCGUUGUGCUCCAGAAGCGGAUAAAAGCGUCCAAUCCAAAGGGCCCUUCCUCAGCCAAUCAGAAGAGCUGAGCCAGAUGAAAUUUCAAAACUAUCUGAACAACAACAAUAUGCAGGACGGCUACACCGCCAAUGGGAACUGUUACAUAGCUGAACAGCCAAAAGAGAUGCCUCACAAUCUGCCUGACAUUUCGCUAAAGGACAACACGAAAGGACCAACUAUACUGGAUGCUUUCGCAGAGCCUACCCCAGUUUAAGUUUGAGCCGUUUGAUUCAAGGAGUGGUGAGAUUAUAAAAGUAGCCUUUGAUUCUGCACACCGUUGUUUCAGUUCGUCUAACAUUGGCGGGACGGGUCCAUAAAUAUGUAUUUUUACUGGAAUUAAAACAAAACCAAAAAACGGUAUAAGCGGCAAAAUCAGAUUGUAUAACAGAAAUGAUAAGCUUUGGGGCCAAAAUAUACUCUCUGCAAAUAUGUGAAUGCAGACAAUUCUAUUGUGCUCCGAAAUGCAUCGGAGCGCAAUUCAUAAUGCAAUGCAAGUAUUAAUUUUAUUCUUAGCGCUGCCACAAAGGACGCUAUACUGUAGUUGGCGUUAGCAUAAACCGCCUUUACCGUCAGUUUGCCAUUUCAUUUCAACUACCAUCAUGUCAAGCAACGGUUUGAAGAGAAACUUGCUAAACCAAUGAGUUAAACUUUUGCCAUGUUUAAAGCUAACUAGCUAAUAAUAAUGCAUCUUUGUUGCCAUCAAAAAAGAAAAGAAAAAAGAAAUGCAAUCAGAUUGCAAUUCAUAACAUGCAGCAAAAAUGCAUUGUAUUCUUAGAGCUGCCACGAGGGACACUAUAAUGUAGUUGGCAUUAGCAUAAACUUAUUUUACCGUCAGUUUUCUAUUUCAUGUCAACUACCAUCAUGUCAAAGCAACGGUUUGAAGAGAAUCUUGCUAAACAAAUUAGUUACAUUUUCGCCAUGUUUAUAGCUAGCUAGCUAAUAAUAAAGCAUCUAGUUUAAAGGCACAGACAUUUUAAGCUAACUCUGUUACUGUCAAGAAAAAAGAAAUGCAAUCAGAGUGCAAUUCAUAACGCAAUGCAAAAAUGCAUUGUAUUCUUAGUACUGCCACAAGGGGCACUAUACUGUAGUUUGCAUUAGCAUAAACUGUCUUAUUUUACCAUCAGUUUGCUAUUACAUUUCAACUACCAUCAUUUCGAAGCAACGGCUUGAAGAGAAUCUUGCUCAUCAAAUUAGUUAAACUGUCGCCAUGUUUAUAGCUAGCUAUCUAGCUAAUAAUAACGCAUCUAAAAGGCACAAACAUUUUCAGCUAACUCUUUGUUAACGUCAAAAACUCAAACAGGGACAGUGCACUUGCAAAGCUGGCAUAGAAUUCGUGUCUACGUAUUUGCGUAAAGUAUAUUUCUGGCCUCACGCUAACGCAGUGUUCUUGUAAUUUCAAAAGUUCUAGUUUUGAGCAGAAAUGUGGAUAGAACUUUUCUAUGUAUCUGUGUCAGUGUUGCAAAAAAGAAAACAGAAAAAAGAAAUUGUUGCUGUUCGUGUUCUGAAGUAAGUGUAUAUCUAAAUGGUUAAUAAAAGCAUGUUUUUUUAGCGUUCAUCGCUGGUUUAUGGUUUAGUAGUUCAAUGUACUGUAAAAGAGAAAAUACUGUUAAGAUUUCGUACACAUAUAUCAUGCUUUUCAAGAGUUAGUAAAAGCAUGAAAAUGGCUCUUAAAAGAUGUGCUGGUCAUUUGCCUUUCGCUAACAAAACCAAAAUCAUCAUAUUUAAGUUGUGAACACAAUACAUUUUCUCAACAUAAUUGCACUUUUCCAUUGGCUGAUGUUACACAACCGUAACCAAUCAUUAUCUGAGCACUGGGGGGGCGGGGCUAUCUGGUACCGUGCCAUGACAAUGGCUAUGUUCAUUAUAGGCUACUACCAUACUAUACCUACCAUUGCCGCAGUUUACUUUCUACAUUUGCUAAAAUGUGCAGUAUACAACUCUCAUGCAAAAAUAACCAUUAUUAGUUCAUAAUUUUCAUAAGAUAGCAGACCUGACUUAAAUGCAAUGUGACAACCAUACUACAGUUUGAACUGUGAAAUAAUACUAAAACAUUAUAGAUUAGCAAGAAGUAUACAAUGUAUACAAUGCAUGCAGUAAAAAUUCGUAAAAGAGUUGUAAGGAAGGGAAUACUAGCUUAGUACUUAUAAUAAAUACUGCACAUAUUGGCAAACUGCAGUAAGUUAUCCACUUAGUCCACGUAUACAGCAGAAAUCGUAAUAAUAGUAUGGUAAAAUGCUAUUUUGAACAUAGCCUUUGUUCUUAUGUUUUUAUAACAUAUCUCCAAGUUUUUAAUGGAGACAUACAUUGUUUUUCCAUUACACUAUUAUUAUCAGAGAGCUACAUAUCACUAUCUCCAUUUGCUUUAAAAAGCCAGAGAGUAGAUAGAAAAUUAGUUUGAUGACAGAUUUAACUUUUUAAAACCAGAUUAAAAAAAUGUCAACACUGAAAACUCUGAAAUACUGAAGUCUUGUCUUUGGGAUUAUACAGGGAUUUGUGAUGAAAUGCACUUUGAAAUGCAUCAAGUUACUGCAAAUGAAGCAUUCCAUUUCAGUCAGGUGAAGAUUAUUUUUUAAGUGUUUAAAUGACAAAAAAUUUAACUCUAGAAGACAAAAUAUCUAAUAUAAGAUUAGCAAAAAGUAGUAAUUUACAUGUAUUGCAUUAAUAACAGUGUUGAAUGGAUGAAAGCCAGGAAGAUGAACAGAUUUUUCUCAAGUUAUAGCGAGAAAUAUUUUAAGGCAUGACAUUUGUUUACUCCCUUGUUAAUUUACAAAUGAACCAUAACUGAGCAAAUCAUUCUAAAGAGUAAUUUGUUAAGUGCAAUAGUUUGCGCAGUGGCUAAUAUUCAUUUCACUUUAUUAUUUUCCUACCCAGUUAAAGGGAGAGUUCACCCAAAAAUGAAAUUCUGUCAACAUUUACACAGCAUUAUUUUGUUCCUCACACAAAUAUAUUGUAUUGCUUCAGAAGACCUGCAGUAUAGUGCACAAGUUACCUUUUAAAAAUUCCUUUUUUUGGUUUGGAACAACAUGAUGGUGAGUUAAUGAUGACAUAAUUGUCAUUUUUGUGUCAACUGUCCAUUCAAAGCACGGACUGGUUUAAAGACGAAGCUCUAAUUUUCAACUCACAAACAUUAUGAUGUAUCUGUCGGUUUGUUUAUCCUCUUAAAGGAAAGAGUCACUGUCUAAUGGAGAACGUCUCUCAAUAAGCUCAAUACAGGACAAUCAAUUUCCUUUUAUGUCAUUAACAUAGUAGCGUGACCUUGUGGGGUAGGACUGAAAUAAUCGAAUCCUUAAAGGUGAAGUGUGUAAUUUUUUGACGUUAAGAUAUUCUCUACUAUCCCAGCUUAAUGCGGCUGAUUUUCCCAACAAGUUUAGAUUGUUUGAGUCUGGACUAUAAAACUGGUACAAAAUCCCACGGACUUGCAUUGAACGGGGGACCAGAACACCUUAGCAACACCCUCGUUUAAUGGUGGCGAGAUUUGUACGGGCAAAAUCUAGUUAUUUUUGCAUGUUUGGUGCCAUAUGGUGCAGAAAUUACACACCUCACUUUUAAAGAUGAAAUAUUUUCAUAAACGAAGGGAGAAGAUAAUGUGUUGUCAAAUGAUUGGAAAUACUGAUUUUCUAAGGAUAUAAUUUGGUGGGCAGCAGCAUUGAAACACUGCCUUGGCUUAAGUAAGACAUGGUUUACUUAAAAACGGGAAUGCCUUCAUUUUGUAAUUCAUUUCUGCCAUUGUGUCUAACUCUUAAGAGGUCAAAUUCACACUUUGUUUUGCCUUUUAGGAUUUAUUGUCUGGAUUUUGGUUCAGAUUUGUAGUAUUUACACAGUGCUGGUACAAGAAACCUCAUUCUUUGAUAAAUAUGGGAUAUGAGAUACAAGUGUACAGGUCUAACUAUAGCGGUAUCGAAUGCGGGCAGGAGCCAUCAUGUCAUGUUACCAGUUAGGUUCUCCUCAUUCUGUUUUCAGUAUUUCUUAUGAAUGAUCUAUUAUAAUGUGUAUUUAUUGUGCGUUCCUUAAACGAUAUGUAUUGAAUAAAAAGUUUCUUUGUUAACGUGGUCCUUGUCA